GUUAUAAACCCCUCCUUUCCCUUCUCAUAUUUAACAGCAAACAGACUUACCCGUUCGCCCUCUCUCUCUCUAUCCCCAUGAAUUCUCCAGAGACCGACGCUGUUUCGGGGCGCCGGUGUAGCAUUCAGGUGAUAUAACUGUAGAUCUGGUUGCAAGCAUCUCCGCUCUUUCACUGAGUAUUAUAAAAGAUUUUGCUUGCAACCACUCUAUAGGAAUUUGUUAUAAAUAGUUCAUCAUUUUUAUGGGUCCUCAACAAACAUCUGAGCAACCUACAGCAUUAAAGGGGGUCCAUGGAGUUCAUCUUUUACCCCGUUUUCCAUUUGCGGCCGAAAUGAUCCCUCAAAGUGGGGAUAUCUGUUCUUCAACCAGUUUGGAUCUUGAGGCUUCUGGUUCAAACCAGAGACUAUUAAUGCAAAGAAUAUGGCAGCAGAGACCAUCGUGCCUAAGAGCAAUUCAUUGCAAUCUUCAAGGCGAUCAAAGUAUGCAGGAAACAAUUGCCAAUGUUAUAACAUCCUUACCUUUCAUUGCUCUUGGUAUCCAGGCUCCACGGAAGAGUUUGAAUACCUCCCUCUAUGCAAAUUCGUUGAUUGGAGUUGGUAUUGCAUCUAGUUUGUAUCACACCUCAAGGGGAGAAAUAAGGAAAUAUCUCAGAUGGGCCGACUAUACAAUGAUAGCCACAGCAACAGUUUGUCUCUCUAGAGCGUUGAGGAAUGAGAAUCCAAAGUUGCUAAUGGCUGCCUCUGCUUUCCUUCUACCAUUUCAACCCCUAAUGGUUUCAGCUGUCCACACUGGCAUGAUGGAGCUAGCAUUCGCAAAGAGAGCAUUGACAAAGCCAGAAUUGAGGGUGGCUCACAACUUGCACACAAUGUCCUCAUUGUUGGGUGGUGCUUUGUUUAUUGCUGAUGACAUCUUCCCAGAAACUCCUUACAUCCAUGCGGCCUGGCACCUUGCUGCGGCAGUUGGGGUUGGUACGUGUAACAAGCUUCUCGAAUGACUCGAUUGGACCAAACCUCAUGUUGAAGGUGAGCUCGUUCUAUAAAAGCCCACAUUCCUUAUGUUGGAUUGUUUAUAAUUGUGGAACUGGAAAGUCAUUGUUUCACUGGAUGGAUAGACCGCCAAAACCUUGUACAAAUAGUUCUUUAUUUUUCUAUUUUUCAUUCUAGUUUCUUCUUAUUCUUCCAUAUUCUUUUAUCCUUAGUGGUAAAUUUGUGAAGGCCCUGACAAUUAAACGAUUGUAGUAAUUUGCCUAUGAAAAAAAACAUUUCUUUUGAGAUGUCCAUUACCGAUGAAUAUAAGAGCGGACGAAGGUAACUUUGUCCUUUUCCCUA